AUGAGCGGAUGCACAGGGGUUGGAGCAAGUCUUCUUGGAUCUCUUCGAGAAACGAUUGAACGGAAGAGUCUGACAUUGGAACAAUGGAAAGCUGGAAAAUUGGCAGCCGAUUGGACUGAUAUGAUUGCUUCAGUAUUGGAGCAACAAACGUCACCGAUCGAGUGGUCAAACGAAGUGGGCGUGGCGAAUUGCUGCCCACCGAAAGAAGAAGAAGAAGACGACUCGUUUAACGAAACAGCCAUAAGAAGAAGAAGGACCCGAUUCAUUCUUCCUUUCAUUUAUUACUCAUCUGAUACGCAAUGCUACCAACCUGGUAAAAAAGACGAAGACACUGAAAACGAGGCAUGGAUGAACUGUGCUCAAGACUACCAAUGCUCUGCUUCUUGUAUCAGGACUCUGGCCAGCAAAUUUCGUGUCAAGUGUUAUGGAAAAUCAGACUGCGAGACAAUUGCACGUAUACAUGAUGGUGGAGCGAACGGAUGUCGAGAUAGAGGAACAAUCGGAUAUUGGAAAAGAGUCAGAGAUUCGUGUGGAUCGGAAUGCAAUAAACCGAUAUUCUCAAGAUAUUUUUAA